UUCUCUGGGUUCUGCUGUGCUGGAGUGCAGGAAGAACAUGAGGAGGAGAGGAGGAGAACAGAGGAGUCCGACCUGAGGCGGAGAAGCGAUCCAUAGCUGCUGAGCAGGAUGGCAGGUAACUGGUCCAUCCUGAGGUUGUCUUUACCCCCCACCAGUUCUACAGCCACUACCCUUCACAACACCUCCCAGUACCCUCCUCUACCAGACUGGGAGGCUCCCAGCUUCACCCGGGCUGCUCAGUUCCGAGUUGGAGCCACCUUUGUCCUCUUCUUGUUUGCUGCCUGCAGUAAUCUUGCCCUAUUGGUCAGUGUGUGGCGAGGGCAGCGUUUGGCAUCUCACCUGCGCCCAUUAAUGCUGAGCCUGGCAUCAGCCGACCUGAUGAUGACAUUUGUGGUGAUGCCUCUGGAUGCAGUGUGGAACAUGACAGUGCAGUGGUAUGGUGGUGAUGCGCUCUGCAAGCUGCUCUGCUUCCUGAAGCUGUUUGCCAUGCACGCCUCUGCCUUCAUCCUUGUUGUCAUCAGCCUAGAUCGCCAGCAUGCGAUUCUGCACCCACUGGAUGCUCUGAGUGCGCACAGCAGGAACCGACGCAUGUUGCUACUGGCUUGGACCCUCAGCAUUCUGCUUGCAUCACCACAGGUA